CCUGCCUCUGUUAACGGGUUUAUUCCUCAUUCAAGGACAUUAAAUAUUACUGAUGGUGUCACUGGAAUGAUAACUGUUACUACUACCAGUGACACUGCUAUAAUUAGUAUCACUAUUCAAGUACCUGAUCCAACUAGCUAUUCUACAACCUUUAAUACUACACGAACAGCUACUCAGUUAUCCUUUAGUGCUUCACAGAGAUUCCCUGAUCCUAAUUAUGAAAUUUCUAACGGGAUGGUUAGGAUCAAUGGCCAGCCAUUGAUAACACCUGGUUCUUUCUUAGCCGUUAGAACAAUAUCUUCCACUGGUAGCUUCAGCUACAUGGGAAUGGCGGGAAUCUAUCAGUUAGGAACUGGGUCUGGUGUAGCCGCUUUUCGCAGAUACAUGCCCUAUUAUUAUAUAUCACCUUUUGGACAUGUCUAUACGUACUCUGGUUCUAAAGCAGUGAGAGAUAAAGCACCAGGCAAGGUUUUUGUUAGAUUGAACGACGUGCGGAAUGAGCGGCUAAUUAUAACAUCAGAGAAUUCAUUCAUUACUGAGCAGUUAAGCAAACUGUCCGGUGCUGCAAUGACCAUAGAGCCAAUUAGAGGUGGAGGAGCUAUUGGUUUCAACUUUGGAACUGUUACCAAUGCUUUCAUGAUAACAUCAUCAACCAAUGUCAGGAAUGCUGUAUCCCCAACUAGCUAUACUGGAACAACACUUAUGGUUGGUAGCACCACUUUUAAUAACAUUGACAAUGUCCUCUUAGCUGGAGAAGGUUUUGAACAGUACAGAUCUGCCAGCAAUGAAGCAACCACUUUUGUAUCCUAUGACUCCUUCUUCAUUAAUGGUCGUAAUGCUGUCUUCUCAACAAGCCCAAGACUCACUGCUAUGAUUCAAGAGGGUCAGAUGUUUCUGGCUGGAGGUGGAACAUCUCAAGCUGCUUAUACAGUCGAAGGCAAUAGAGUGAAGUAUGGUGGUGUGACUGUAUUCACUAUUAAUGCUGGUUUUACGACUUCUGAUAUCACUGGACCUGGAUUACUUUCAUACAAUGGUCAGACCUUUUCAGGCGGUUCAACUAGUACUGGCAUUGAAUCCUUUGCUUAUAGUGUUGGACAUACUAUUGGUAUAGCCUUUAAUGGAGGUGUAACAGUGUCUUAUGGUCCUGGUGAUACUGUCAAACUAUAUGUAUCUGGAUCUGAGGCCUUAGCUACCAACUUACAAUCUUUAAUUAAUAACAUUACAGCUGCAACAAUGCCUACAGUAAUACCGGGAUCAUCAGCUGUAUACACCACAGUCCUUGGAUCAGGUAAUACCGGGAUACUUCAAUUGAAUGGGCAGAAUGUAGUUGAAUUCACUGGAUCAGCUAUGAGCAUGACAUUGAAUAAUGGAGACUCUGUUAGCUACAGUGGGGGAACCAUUAGUUUUACUCCUGCCAAUUCACGCGGUCCAUUCACUGGUAUAUCCAGAUUUACUUAUGCUCCUAAUGGUCAGAAUACAGUUCAGUAUAAUGCUAUAGCUAAUCAGACCUUUACUGUUGACUCAACCUACCAAAUAGUCGUUGAUAAUAAUGGUAACGCACUCCUGACUAAUGAUGGUACAGUGAGAGGAUUGCUAUCCAACCCGCAGUUUGGGGUGACCUUUAGCAGCAGAGACGCUCAAGGCAACUUCUUCCUAAUGAUAGGAGGCAGCAAUAUAGAGAGGUUGGGGAAGAACACAGUACGUCAUGAGGUACCCACUGGAGGCACUGUAAGAUUACUGGGAACCUCCUUUGGUGGCGUCUUGAACGGCAACGCCAUAUUCCCUGGAGUCACUGCAAGCUCCGUACAAACUUAUUACUCUGGUCAAACUAUUCCAACCAUCAGAACAGGGACACCCACUCCUUAUAUUGAAACUGCCACGACUACUUUUUAUGUCUACAUAACUCCAGGUUCUGGAGGUACUUCUACAGUCUUCAUCACUGAUAGAGCCACACUUGAUGCUGCUAUUAACAAUGAACUAAUGAGACCAGAGACGUCUACUCCUGCUCCUACUUCUACUCCUGCUCCUACUCCCACACCUGGACCAGGAACCCCUGCUCCACCACCAACCACUGCACCACCACCGGCCACCGUACCACCGACCAGUGGUAUAACGGUAGUUGUUAGGGACGAUGAAAACGGUAAUCCUAUAGUGCGAGCCAUUGACCGUAUCACUGGCAGUGAUAUUAAUCUCAUAUCAUUGACUGGCAGUACACAGCGUAACGUGACUUCGGAUGAAGUGGUUGGAUACAAUGGACCCAAUCUCUUCAUUCGAAGAGCUGGUACUAUACAAUUUCUCAGCGAUAAAAUCAGACGGUUCUACUAUUACGAUAGAAAUGGUGUCCUCCAGAGCAGAUCUAUUCUUAAUGUGCCAGGCAGUGGUCAGUUAGUCUAUAAUGAGAUAUCAGGGAAUGCUUUCUUCACCGAUAACUCCGAGACCAUCGACAUGAUUAGGUCUGCUAAUCCUCCUACUACUUUCAGUGUUCGGAUCACUACUGUCCUUACAAUUGGAGGAUCGGUCACUAAUCUUAUUACUGAGGAGACCACUUUAUCAGUUAGUUCAGUCCAGAGCGUUAGAUUCAGCAACAGAGGGUAUUCUGUUAUCAAUCAGGAUGGGUCUAUUGCAUUCAGCUCAAUGAAUCAAAUGUUCAACACAUUGAUUCAGUAUAAGUCUAAUUCAGAUCAAAUUAACAUUUUGUCUCUAUCAAGUACACCAGUUGAGAUUCAAGGACCACAGACAAUAUCUGUCGGUUCAAACAGUAUCGUUGUUAGCAACCGUCCUGAGAUUAUUGAUGCUAUUAAGACAGUUAUAUCAACUUCAUCUCAAACAGUAGGCACUAGAGUGGACAAUAACAAUAACACGAUUCUGGUAAUUGGUGGGCAGGAUAUAAUACCAUUGGAUAGUGCUUUGGUACGUCCAGUUCAAAGUUAUGAGUUCAUUACGUACAGUAACUCUAUGAUCACUGUUACCAAUGUUGUUACUAAUCAGAUGAGUGGGUCUAGUAUACCAGCAAAUACAUUCACCAUGUACACUCCGAAUAAUGAUGAGCCAAUGGUAUUCAAUGGAUCUGCUUCUUCAAUGCCAUUUGGAUUCGGCUACCUGUACUAUACUCCUAGCAACCAGUCCUUCUUUGUCAGUAGGUCUGACGUUGCUUCUACUAUAUUCUCAAUGUUUAACGUCACUAGUACUCUACCUCCUCCACCUCCUACCAUGACUCCAAUACCUGAGGAAUCUAUAUCCCCAGGUAAUCCUGACACAGCUUUUGUUUUUAAUUCUGACGGAUCAUCCUGGGCUGAGUAUGCUUACACACCAUGCUCCCGUACUUGUGGUGGUGGCAUUAGGGUCAGGCAGUUAAAGUGUCAAACAACAGCUGGUGAUCAUGUAAAAACAUGUACUCAACCCACCGAACCUUCCUCCACUAACAUACCUCCAUUUAUUGAAGUGUGCAACCUACAGGACUGCAACAAUCCUAAUACACUCCUUAACGUCCCGGCCCCUGAUGUCAGGGAAGUCAAUAUGACUACACAAGAUGGUAGCUUGUAUGGGCGGGGCAUAUUUUACAUAGCCUCCAGUGCUAAUGACGACACGUACAUGAUAACAUUCAAUAGCCGCUGUAUGGAGACUGGAUCCAUGUAUAACAUUGUGCAGGAGAGGGUGGAUGGGGCAUUAGCGAUUAACAACAACAUCAACCUUGAGACCAGCUUUGUUGAUAGGACACUCAACUCUACCAUUACCGACUUUACUAUAAACUAUAACUACAAUGGUAUGAUGUUCCCUAUUACAGUGAUUAGGACCGAUGAUAAUAAUAAUCGUAGUGAUGAAGUGAUCACCACAAGUGGAUCUGUCUCUUAUAACAAUGGCGUACUAUCAUUUGACGGUAGGAACGUCUCCGUUACCAUGGUCACUAAACUAGAUAGAUUACAGAGUAUCAUGUUUCUUAAUAUGUUCCCGCAGGACGAGCCCGGCCCGGUUACUCUAGCUAUUAGUCAUCGUAACAAUAAAGCACUUCUAACUCGUGACUUCACUAACGAACUCACAACUCCUUAUAAUAACUUGAGGGGGACACUCCGAGCUCCGAUGAUAGAUGAAACUAGACCGACCCCAGAGCCCCCAGUUAUCACAAGGACUGAUGACGUAUUCCAGAUUGGUACCCCAAGAGUAAGGAUACUGGAGGAGCUCCACAGACUGUCAUUGUCUUGUCGUGUGAUUGAUAACGGAGUUCCUGAUCGUGUUAGCUACAGAUGGUUUAAAGACGGUGCUCCUAUAGUCAACGAUAAUGUUAAUUACUUGAUAUCAGGUGAUACCCUCACCAUACAGACAACUGAUGAUCCUGAAGAUGAAGGAACCUACACCUGCACUGUUGAUAACGGAUUUAGAACUGAUAGUGCUUCCACUGAAGUAGUAAUUCAACAGGAAGUAGCUACUGCUCCACCUUCUGUGGGGACUCCGACACCACCUUCACCAAUGUGGGUUACUGGCUCAUUCUCUGAUUGUUUCAGGGUCUGUAAUGGCAGUGUGCGAGUGAGGGCCGUCCUCUGUAUGUUGUCAGGGCAACCGUCAACCAUGUGUUCAGCCAGUGACAUGCCACCGUCCUUUGAAAUAUGUAACACUCACGACUGCCCAGGGACUAUUACAUCUCGUCGUGGUAUUCCACAGAAUGACAUAGCAAUCAUAACUCGCACUAUAUUCAAUGGUAACUUUGAAACCGUUGUCAACAUAAGCGGCUCUGACUUCCUUGGGGGCAACUAUCGGAUAGACCUAAGAGCAGUUUACCCUGAUGGUACCAUAGUCACUAAUACAGAGACAAGAAUGAACUUUGAAUCUCCUGUUAGAGGUACUACAACUGUUCAGUUUGGUACUCCGUUGUUUGGUAAACUUGAAGCUAUUAAGACAGGACCUCGUAUUGAUAUAGUAGCUGGUACAACCGUUCAUUCUGUCCAGCCAUUGCUAGGAGACGUUUGCUACCCAUGGAGUUCCAUAGACCAGUUCAUAUACAGCGGUAAAUCAAUAUAUUCGAACUCCCUACCGGCUCCCGUGACUAAUAUUAAUUUCCUUGUUCAAGUAACUCACGAAGGUGUCUUCAAUUACGAUAGAAACACCAACCGGGUGUUCACUGCUCCACAGCUGCUCUGUGUUAGUCCGUUUAAUGGCCGUGCCUUUGUCACUAGCGUUUUUAGUCUGGCCGAAGACAUCACCGGGAACCAUCACAAUAUAACGACCACUUAUUUCGUAGUACCUAUGAUUAAUUCCGGUAAUGGUACUGUUGUAACCGAUAGGGUUGCUAUGGUUGCAGUGGGAACUGAUAUCAGAGCUGGUAACGGCUCCUACAUCAGAAUACAAGGACUGAUGGAGCAUCCUGGAGUACCAGCAGCUGUAAAUCCAGUCUGGAGACACAACGGUGAGAUCGUUGAAUCUGAUAUCAGUAAAGGACGCUUCCUUAGUGACAAUGGAUUUGAACUCAUCAUAACUUCUCUUGAUGCUAAUCACGCUGGUACUUAUUCCUUCAGCAUCAGUAAUAUAGCUGGAUCUGAUAUGGAGAUGACUGAUGUGACGUAUAUACCGAGAGCAGGAGGUAUUGUCGUCGGUCCUGUCCCUCCUAAUCCUGAUCCCUCUGUACUGGAUGUUGGUAUUGGUCUCAACUACAUUGGAGUGGAUGCUUCAAGAGUAUCCACUGUAAGAGUGUUCUGUCCUAAUGCUGAAGGGAGUGAUGGUACAAAAACAUUCACCAUUAAUGGAGGCUCUGCUACAGAUACUGAUUUCUUGACACAUUCUCUUAGCAGCAAUCCUAGUGGCAGCUGCAUUAGGUAUGCCUGCCGUCUUAGGGUAACUAGUACCUCUCAAACUUUCACAAGAAUGUCAAUGGUCUGUUUUGAAACUCCAGCUCGCCCCUCUAACGUUACUAUCACCGGUAAUAGGAGGAUACCAGCUAAUGGAUACUCAAUACUUUCAUGUAGUGCACUUGGAACUCCUCGUCCAACCGUAUCUUUCAAUUCAGUGAUGAUUGGAUCCAAUGGGAUAAUCAGUGAUUUCAGUGUUAAUGCUAACGGGACACUCAGUAUCUUGAACGCUAAGAACAAUGACAAUACUCAGUACUGCUGCACUGCCUUUAAUGAGAAUGGGAAUGAGACGACCUGUACUGGGAUAGUUGUAAUGUCUCCUCCAAUGAUACUACAGGUGUCUGGUCCAGUCACUAAUGCCCCAUUGCCAGAGGGUGAGUCUCGGCCAACGUCUGAGUUUACAUUUCACAUUGGACAAACUGCAAGAGUAGUGACUGGGACUACUAUUAACAUAGAGUGUAAUGCUACUGGUAGCCCCGCCCCCUCCUAUACCUGGUAUAAAGAUACCCAAGAGUUGACUGGGUCUGAUGCCAUGGGGCGUGUCUUUAGAAUAGAGAUUGCUAAUCCAACAGAUAAUCAUGAUGGGGCCUACGAGUGUUCAGUUUCUAAUGAGUUUGGAACUAAUUUUGCUUUAUCUAGAUUGAGCUUCAUUAGUCCUCCUAAUGUUCCCGAUUCCAGCACUAACGUUGGCGAAAUCCUAGAUGAUGGGAGUGUGGUGAGUGUCAAUCAAAUGACUAAUGUUACAGUCCAGGCUGGAACUGAUUUCUGCGUCAUAUGUGAGCCUAGCCUUGGCUCACCUCCAGCAGAGGAGAUAGUAUGGAGGCGUCUCUCACUAGAAGGAACAGAACAUGAAGGAAUUGAUAUUAGUGAUGUGUGUAUCACUAUUCAGGACAAUGGGACCAGACUCUGCUUCACUGAUGUCUCAAGAGCUUACAGUGAUGUCUAUUCUUGUUUUGUUGCUAAUGAAGCUGGAUCUGAUAGUGGGAAUAUUACUAUUCAAGUAUCAGUUCCAACUGUUAUCAGACAGUCUUCAAGACAAGAUAUACCGGAUUCAUCUUCUUGUUUGGAUCAAAGAGGUCAAUCAUUUGUCAACGAGGAGGUUGGAGUCAAUGUCUGCAUGUCCUUUGGCACUCGAGUCCUGAUUGAUUGUGUAGUGAAUGAAGAUGCACACCCAACACCAGUAGUAUCAUGGUUACUCUUUGAUGCUUCUGCUGGAGACAAUGUGUCAGUGGUCAGUGGUUCUGGUGUUACCAUAUUCCCUAAUAAUUCUCUGUUAAUUAAUUCAUUGAAUAUGAACUCGUUAUACUAUUGUGUGGCCGACCCACCAGGCAAUUCAACUGAUCAAGUCUCUGUACGAUCACAACUCAACGUAUCUGGAGUUGCUCCAGUGAUUACUGUACCCUCAAACUUCAGACCGGUUAAUGUUGGUUCUCGGAGGAUUCUCAGUGUUGGAACUAGUAGAAGGGAAGUAGUCAGAAUACAAAUGAUGGACGAAAUACAAAUAUUAUGCCCAUCGUCCGGUAGCCCCACUCCGAUGGUCUCCUGGACGGCCGGUGGUCGACCAAUAGUUGAUGAUAAUGUUGCUUUUGAUAUCCAGCCAGAUGGCUCACUCCUUAUAAGGAGCCUUGCUUCAACCCGUUGUGUUGAGUAUGUGUGCACUGCUACCAAUCCAGUGAGCAAUGUAUCUCAAUCAGUUACUGUCUGUGGAGAGACUUUUGAGUGUCUACAGACUGGAUUUUCUGCUUGUACAACGACUUGUGGACUGGGUGCCCAGAGAUUUAUUUUCAGUUGCAACAGGACAGUAGAUACUGGCCCUCCUGCUCCAGUUGAUCUUUUGUUUGUACCACUAACCCUCAGACCAAGACAACAAGCACGACAAUGUUUGAAUCUGCCUCAAUGUCCUGAUGAAGAAUAUCGUUACACUACAACAGACUUCUCUUCUUGCUCUCAUUCUUGUAACUGCGGCAAAAAGACCCGUGAAGUUCAAUGCCACCUCUUCAGGUCGGGGGUACAAGUCGAAAGGGUUGACUACUCCUUCUGUCAGCGGCUAGCUAACCACUCCCUCUUCCCGACUAACCUCACAAUGGAUUGUAACGUGUAUCCCUGCCCUGAUUGGAGGGCUGGGCCCUGGAGCAUGUGCAACAAGACUUGCAAUGGAGGUUAUCGUACGAGGAACAUCACCUGUGUGUCUUCUGUUACCAAUAUGACCAUUGAUGACCGGUUCUGUAUAGCUGGAACCGAACCAAGAACCAUUGAACAAUGCAACAUACACUUGUGUCCUUAUCAAUACGUGGUGGAUAGGUGGAGCCCAUGUUCUAGUACUUGCAUGGGUGGUUUGAGGAAUCGAACAGUCAGGUGCUAUAAUGUGAUGACUCAGCAGUUUAUUCCUGACAGUCUUUGUAUGGCUGAGGGAUUGAUCCGACCAAUCACUACCCAUAUCUGUGGAGUGGGAGAGUGCCCUCCUUUAUACUCAUGGGUUGUGUCUCAUUAUGGAUCAUGCAGUGUUACUUGUGGAAGAGGUACUCAAUCUAGGACUGUGACAUGUCAAAAUGUCAUCUCUCAGUUAGAAGCACCUGAUGAUUCAUUCUGUUCCAAUAGACCCAAGCCUCCAGUCACGAGAGAAUGUGAUACAGGAUCACCUUGUCCUAAUGCUGAUUGUACUGGUGAAAGUUUCUUAUGUGCAGCUGUACCCAGUUCAAUGUGUUCAGUAGCAGCUAUUCGUAAUGCCUGCUGUAUCUCCUGUAAUCCUACUACUGGCUAGACUAUUAA